CAUAGGGUACCCCCAGUGGAAGCCUACGAGGCCGCCAUGGUGCUGAGCGGGGUGGGGGAUGCUCUGGGAUACCGGGGGGGGCGCUGGGAAUACUGCCGGAGCGGGGAGCAGAUCCAUGCGGAGCUGCAGGACAUGGGGGGGCUCGAGGCCAUCGUCCUGGAGCCCCCAGAGUGGCCUGUGAGCGAUGACACCAUCCUGCAGCUGGCCACGGCUGAGGGGCUGGCCACCGGGCUGGAGGGGGAGGAGCUGCUGCAGGAGCUCGCCAGGCGCUAUGUGGAUGCCAUGGGGGACAUGGAGGGGCGCAAACCGGGACCCACGAGCAUCCUAGGUACGUCCCAGCUGCGCCCAGGGGUCCCCGGUGGUUACCGGAUCCCAUUCAACCCAACGGGCACCGGGUGUGGAGCUGCCAUGAGGAGCCUCUCGAUAGGGCUGAGGUACCCCCGUCCCCAGGACCUCCCAACACUGCUCGCAGUGAGCAUCGAGAGUGGGCGCAUGACCCAUCACCACCCGACCGGGUACCUGGGGGCCGUGGCCGUGGCUCUGUUCGCAGCAUUGGGGGUGCGGGGGGAGCCCCCCGAGCGGUGGGGGGCGGAGCUGCUGCGGGUCCUGCCCCUGGCCUGGGACUACGUGGAGAGCACAGGGGAGGCCGUGGAGGAGAACAGGGCGGAAUGGGGGUUCUUUGGGGAGGUGUGGGGCAGGUACCUGACCUCCCGCUCUCUGCUCUCUGGCUCCUCCCCCCCCCUCCUCCCCCCGCUGCGUGACGCGCGCUCACGUGACGCGGAGUACGCGCGCUGGGCGCUGGGGGCGUGGCCAGGCCGCAGCGGACACGACGCCCCAUUGGUCGCCCUGGACGCGCUGCUGGCGGCGGGCGGGGCCUGGGCCGAGCUCUGCGCACGCGCAGUGCUGCACGGGGGGGACAGCGACAGCACCGGCGCCAUCGCGGGGGGGCUGUGGGGGCUGCGCUGGGGGAUGGGGGCGGUGCCAGAGGGGUUACGUCACAGCCUGGAGUACGGUGAUAGGCUGAGGGCGGCGGGGCGGGGCUUACACAGGGUCACGUGGGGGGAGGGGGGCGGUGCCAAAGGGGUUACGUCACAGCCUGGAGUACGGUGA